AUGCAGAUGUCUGAUUAUCUAUGCGAAGAUUUCAUUGCUGAAAUAUUUACAAGACUACCACCCAAAUCCCUCCUCCGAUUUAGAUCACUCUCUAAAUCGUUACAUAGUUGUAUUUCUAGCCCUGGUUUUAUACGCAUGCACACUUUUCGAUCCCCACAAAAAAUCCUCUUCAGACAUCAAAAUAAAGAAGCAGAAUCUUUUUAUACCUUACAUGGAGAUGAGGAAUUGCCAUUGUAUUUGUGUCCCAAACGUGGAUACAUUGGUAUAACAACAACAAUCUUGUUCCCUUCUGGGGGAACUAUUGGUUCAUGUAAUGAAAUUUUCUGUUUGCGGACUAAAAAAGGUUUUACUCUAUGCAACCCUUCAAUCAGGCGCAAACUAAACGUGCCUGAAUUUCCUCGGAGAUCUGAAUCCUUUUUGUUGCAAGGUAUUGGCUUUGGAUUCGAUCCAAUCAGUGAUGAUUACAAAAUUGUUCGGAUAUCAAAUGUCAAAAACCAUUCAUUUGUUUAUGCGGUGAAGAGUGGCACUUGGUGUGAGAUUGCAUCCCCUAAACAUGAAAAUCAGAUUUGUAGUGUGCAACAUGAUGCCUUGUUUUUCAAUGGAGUGUUGUGUUGGGUGAUACAUGUUUAUCAAACAGAACCAAACGACAUAGGCAUUUGUUGUAUACUAACAUUUGAUUUGAGCACUCAUGUUUUUGGUAUGAUGCCUACAUCCAACCGGCAUUGGUUGACGACGGGACUAACAACCAUCCAAGGUUCUUUAACUUUGAUUUCUCAUCGUCGUGAAUUUAAUGAAAGAUGGAUUUGGGUAUGGAGAGAUGCUUCUUGGUCUGUGGUUUUUAAAAUGAAUACAGAUGAACUUUAUGUUCUAGGAGCUUUGCAAUUGCAACCACAACCGACCAACAAUGGUGAUUUGUUGCUAAAUACUCAUUCUCAUGGGCUCCAAAUUUAUAAUCGCAAGACGGGGGUGCCAUCAAGAGUAGGCGACUUCAAUGCUGCUUCAAGUUUAUGUUACUUUUAUCAGUGUGUCGAAAGCCUUUAUUUGUUAGACACGGGGGAGACUAUUGGUGAAACGGAAGAACUAUGA